AUGGAUGGCGAGAAGAAUGCCGUUGAUGUUCAGCUUGGAGAAUUCAUCGACCCUUCGAGGGAAAGAAAGCUUCUUGCCAAGUUGGAUUUGGCAUUGGUACCUAUCAUCAUGUUAACUUACUUGGCUUGCUUCCUUGAUCGAAGCAAUAUUGGAAAUGUGAAAGUUGCUGGUAUGCCCGAGGAUGUUGGUGCGAGCGCGGAGCAAUUUUCGACAGCAGUCUCGAUCUUCUACGCCACCUAUGUUCUAUCAGAGACGCCGUGGGCCGUCUUGUUGAAGAAGUUGACGCCAAAAUACACCAUCGGUGGCCUUUGCGUGGUCUGGUCCUUGACGACAAUCUUUAGUGGAUUCAUCACCAAUGUUGGCGGUCUCUAUGCGGCCCGUCUUGUGCUUGGAGCUUGUGAAGGAGGUUUGUUCCCAGGUCUGAACCUUUACCUCACAAUGGUCUACAAGAGAGAAGAAAUGGCCAAGCGAGUUGCCUACCUGUUUGUCUGUACGGCACUUGCAGGCGCAUUCGGCGGUCUGCUGGCUUACGAAAUCCUGCAAAUGGAUGGAGUAGCAGGUCAGGCAGGGUGGAGAUGGGUGUACAUCAUUGAGGGUAUUUUCUCCGUCGGAGUAGCAGUUGUGGUCUUUGUCUUCUUGCCCAAUGAUCCUAACAACGCGUACUUCCUUAACGACGAGGACAAGCAGUUGAUGCAAGUCAGAGCAAGGCAGCGUGCGGCCUACAUGGGAUCCGAAGACUUUAGCUGGGCAGAAGUCAAGAUGGCCCUCACUGAUCCUAAAGUUAUACUCAGUGGCCUCAUUCAGUUCUGCCAAGAUAUCCUGCUUUACGGAUUUUCGACCUUCCUCCCCAGUAUUAUUAAGUCGUUAGGCUACAACACUCUUCAGGCGCAAUACCUCACUAUCCCCGUCUACAUCUUCGGUGGCGCUGCUUUCAUGGCUGUCGCCUGGUUCUCAGACCGAACAAGCAUCCGCGGUCCCCUCGUGGCCUUCGCCAAUAUCUUCGGCAUCAUCGGAUACGUACUAAUCAUCUGCCCAACGCCAAACGGAGUCAAGUUCUUGGGCACCUUCCUCUGCGCUGUUGCUGUCUACAACGGGCCUGGACUGAACAUGAGUUGGCUGAACGUCAACGUUGCUCCACAAUACCGCCGGGCCACUGCUAUUGGUUUCCAACAGACUAUCGGCAACACUGCAGGCAUUGUGGCGGGGCAGAUCUACAGAAAAAGUCCUUACGUCCUCGGUAACUCCUUUUCGCUUGGAGCCUUGGGCGUAGCACAAAUCUUGAUUGCUUGCAAGUGGCUGUACCUCAGACACUGCAACAGUGUCAAGGAGAGAAUUGCGAAUGGCGAGGAGGAUACCAGGAAGGUGCAGACUGGCGAUGCUGCUACAGAUUUCAAGUACCAUCUGUAGAUGUCAUGAAGGCUCUAGGGUAGUG